GAACAGAUCGCGGAUCUCUUGGCGCACAUCAUCGUUCAGGAACAAGGGUCCGGAACGGUCAUCUUACGUUACUACACGACCACGAAUCGCCACUUGCGUGUGCACGAUCCUUCUUCCUGGAGUUACCACCUGAGAGAGUACUUCACAGUAGUUGUACUUCACCAAAUCUACGUUCUAUACACUUGUAGUUACAAUAUGUCCGGACGCCAGGCAACGCCACCGCGAGCGACUCGCUCAGCGGGUAAACUUCCACCGAACCCUCCUACUCUAGAGCAGAUCAGACGCAUGGAAGAGGCUAGGCUGAAGGCAAAGGCUGCUGCGCAACAAGCACAAUCAUCAUCGGCGCCCAAAACAGGCGAGAAGCGCGCAUACUCGUCCAUUACAGCCUCACAGACUCCAUCCACAGUUCGAAAUGCUGCCGCCGCAUCACCGCAGAAGCGCGAUCAGAAUGGCUUUAUACAACCUCCAUCGAACGACUACAUUCAGCCCGCGAAGAAAUAUGCUAGGUCAGACUUUAUCGAGUAUGACUUUAGUAAGAUGACGGAUACAAAGGGUGGUUUCUUGAGCACGGCGGACGACCCACAUAACAAGGCCAUGUGGAAGGGGCAACCGAAGGAGGAGCAGAAGCCCGAAGGAAUGACAAUAACGGAAUGGGAAAGAGAGCGUAUAAGGCGAAAGCUACGCGCAAAUAGAGCGGGACCCUACGAGCCUGGUAUCUCCAUCUUGAAUACCGUCAAUGGCAAAGAAGAAGAAGACGAAGAAGCCGCCUUACUCGAAGCCGCCGAAAACGCCGAAAUCGAAAGCGGCACCUUCAAAGGCAAAUACGGCGACGGCAAACGCGACAUCAAAGGCAAAUGCCGCGAAUGCUCUAGCCUAGAAAUCGACUGGAAAUGGCAAGAUAUCUUCUCCAUCUCCGUCUGCAACGCCUGCAAAGAAAAGUUCCCGGACAAAUACUCGUUACUCACCAAAACCGAAGCCCGCGACGACUACCUCCUCACCGACCCGGAGCUCAAAGACGAAGACCUCCUCCCCCACCUUGAACGUCCAAACCCCCACAAACAAUUCUUCCACCCCAUGCAACUCUUCCUCCGCCUCCAAGUAGAAGCCUACGCUUUCAGCCCCGCGAAAUGGGGUUCGCCUGAGGCCCUCGACGAAGAAUACGCGAAACGCCAAGUCGUCAGUAAAGAGCGCAAGCAGAAGAAGUUUCAGAAUAAGCUAGAGGAUCUCAAGAAGAGGACGAGGGUUGAGGCGUAUAAGCGUGCGAGGUUGGCGGGGGAUAGCGACGGAGUGCAGUUUGGACAGAAGAUUAAAGGGAGGUAUGAUCGCCAUGAGCAUGAGUGGGGGAGGAGUGUUCUAGAUCCUGAAACUGGGAUGACGAAGAAGAGGUGUGAGGAGUGUGGGAUGGAGGUUGAGGAGUUGGAGUUUUGAGGAGAGAAAUCCUGUCAUGUUGUUGAUACCCCAGAUAUGCGAUUGUUGAUAUAGAUGCAUGUAAAGUGUAACGUUUUGAUAGUGCUGGGUUGGCUUUACCCCACGUUUAGUGCCGAAUCCAC